GAUUUAUUCGAUUAGAACCCAUUGGGUCGGCUUUGAACCAAACGCGUUUAAAACCGUUCUUCAAUCUAUACCCUAUUGCCUGUUUCAGUUCAACUAUUAAACCCACACCACACUUGUGUCGUAGCACUCUUAACUGAAACCAGGUUUCUGGGAAGAGAGAAAUGGCCCUGAGGCAUCGUCUUACGAAGGAACUCUCGAAAUUUCUCUGUCCCGUUACUCAAGCAGGUGUCUGUUGUCCUCAAUCUAGCAAAGCUUUAGACUUAGUGGCUUUGUCUGUGAUGCUGGUGCCUUCUGCUCGGAACCCAGCUGCUAAUUGGAAUCAAGCGAGAGAGUUUCAUGAACACAGGAUCUCAACAAUGGCUGUUAAAUUGCAUGAACCUGCCACUGAAAUUGAUCUUUUAUCUUUCAUUAAGGCUUCACUGGAUGAAUUUGAAGGCACCCAUCAUUAUUGGUUAAAUAGAUCUGAAAAAAUUGACCAACUUUUUGGAGCCGAUGGAAUAUUUUUAGUUCUAGCUGCAAGUAAUUUCAAUUGUGACAUUACGCUUAAAAAAUUAAAGACAAUUCAAAAGAGGUUUCCUCAUAUUAACAUUAUUGGUUUGGGAGCAAUUCACUCUUCUUCUGAUCAAGUGCACCUAAUGCAGUUACUGAUGGAAGAAAAUAUAGCAUUCCCCAUUUUGUUGUCUCAGCAGACAUUUCCUAAGAUAGAGAAAGGUGCGGGCUACAUGUUGUUUAAAAAUUUUAGGAGCCCAGUAAUUUAUCAUGAGAAGGAUGCAAGUCUUGAAAUUUUAAGCCAAGCUGUUCAGGAGUUAGAUGAUAAAGCAGGUGGUCAUUCUAAGUUGCUCGAUGUUGUGAGAUGUACAUCUUUGGAGCAACAUUGGAUAAUUAAAGAUCUAUGUAGUUUUUCUCCUCUUCAGAAUUUGCUCCUAUAUUACCCAGGUUGUGUUUCUGCAGAUGAAAGUCAUAAUCGCCUCUUCUUUUCUGAUUGCAAUCAUCAUAGGAUUCUUGUAUCAGAUGGGAAUGGAGAAAUUCUGGACUGUAUUGGAUCUUCCCCGGGAUUUGAGGAUGGAGAUUUUGAAUCUGCUAAAUUAAGGCGUCCUGCAGGUUCAUACUACCAUCCUACUGAGGAUUGCUUAUAUUUUGUGGAUUCAGAGAACCAUGCUAUCAGGAAAGCUGACAUGGGAGCACGAACAGUAGACACUCUGUAUCCUACAAGCACCUCCAACAAGGGAGGUAUUCACAUAUGGAAUUGGAUCAUGACUAAGCUUGGUUUAGAAAGCAGUGGCAAGACCAAUGUUGUGGAAACAUCUGAAGUAUUUGAUUCUAAAUCGUUGCAUUUUCCAUGGCAUUUGCUGAAAUCGGUUGAUGACACUCUCUUCAUUAUUGACCGAAGGUUUCGAACUUUGUGGGUCUUGGAUAUCAGUUCAGGAAAGAUGAAUGAAGUUUUGGAAGGUUAUCCAAGAAUUCUUGAGAUCUGUGGGCAUUCAAUCAUGAAACGUUUAUCUGUCAUAGAUCGGGUUCCCUUUGACUGGUUUCAACAUGAAACUAAGAGCGGCUCUUUACUUGGGGCCCUACCACAUUCUGAUCUUUUAUCUUCACUUGCAACCUUGCAAAAUCACAUUUUUGUUUGUGAUCCAGUUGGACAGAGGAUUUUGAAGGUUUGUGGAGAAUCUGGAGUCUGUUCAAACUUCCGAUUAUCUAAUCUAGGGAUACUUGGAUUACCUUAUUGGCUGAAUUUCCCCCUGGAAACAUUUUAUGCUGCUGGAAAUGGACUUUUGGGUACACCGAUUGAUCAUGUGGAAUAUCUUGAUUUGCUACCAGGCAGGAUUGACAUAAAUUUGAAUGUUGAUAUUCCUGUGGAUUUUGAGCUUGUUGAACCUUUGCAAGAAUCUUGUAUAUGGUGUCAAGCAAGAGGUGCAGCUACUGAAAUUUCUGGAAUGGACGAGGUUCCAGGAUCCUUAUACAAGGCUGGUGUUGCACAACAGUGGUAUGAUGAAUUAGAUUAUCUUGCCGCUCCAAAACCUGAAUCUGAAAUAAAUGUUCAAGAUGAUAAUCUAGACAAAAAUUCAUUAGUGGAAGAUGAUGAGAAAGUCCGGAUUAGCUGUGUGGUCUGUACUAGCCCUGGAACAAGCGAGGUUAUAAUUUACGCUGUACUGCAUUGCAAACUUAGAAGAAUCCCAAACUCAAAUGAGGGAAACCGGGAGGAGCAUGCAGCAAGGAUACUUGAUAUUCUGACCUCCAAGAGAUCUGGGAAAAUAGAGAGAGAUUCGUGGACUGCUUUUUUAUUGCAAUCCAAAGGUGAUGUGAGAGAUCUUAUUUUCAUGCUACCACUACACGUUAGAAUAAGAUUAAAUUCCCUUGAUCAUCCAAAGGCUGAUAACGGAAGGGAUAUAAUCUUAACAGACUCUUCAAUUAAGGUGAACGUAUUUCUCAGUUGACACUACAUUCAGAUGCACUGUUGUACUUAGAUAGGUUUUUUACUCUUAAAAUUUGAUUUCAUGUGCCUGACAGUUUUUGCCAGAUUAUAUAUUCUUGCCUGAAUGUAGUCAGUUUUUUAAAACCUAUGGAUGUGUUAUAGAGGUGAAAGAGUUUCUCCUUCGAACUGUAUAGUGUGUGUAAUAAGGAUUUCCUGUGUUCAAAUCCGAUAGGAUUCUAAUCUAAAGAUAUUAAAGUCAA